GUGGAGUUCCGGUCGACCGGCCCGCGCAGAGGCUGUGCUGCGAGUUCUCUCCUGCAGCAGGUGUGGGCUCUCCGAUGAGGUUGACAUUACAUGGUGUCAUAAGUGAUCUGAAGGCGCCAACCACUUGAACUUCCGGGAUCAAGUGAGGUUCCUGCACUUGAGUCCUUUGCACUGUUUGCUUCUGUGAGUCGCUGUAACUUUCAGUUUGGGCUUACAUACUAAUUGUGAUAAUGACAAAUCAAAAGCACACAGAAGCUGGCUGCCUGAGGAGUUUCUCAGUGGUCAAGUUGGGGACAGUUUGAGCACCAAGAAGAAUUUAAAUUUUUGCUACCCUUGGAUGCACUCCUGAUAUGGAGAAGAUUGAGGAACAAUUUGCUAAUUUGAACAUUGUUAAACGUUCCUCAGAAACUAAAGAGCCUACUUAUCUGCUUGGCAUAGACACAUCAAAGACUGUACAAGCAGAAAAAGGAAGCUUGGUUGCUGUCUUAUGUUCUAAUGGAUCAAUCAGAAUAUAUGAUAAAGAAAGAUUAAAUGUACUACGAGAAUUUAGAGGAUAUCCUGGACUUAAUGGAGUCAAGUUUGCAAAUUCCUGUGAGAGCGUGUAUUCCUCAUGCACUGAUGGCACUGUAAAAUGUUGGGAUGCUCGAUUAGCCAGUGAAAAACCUGUCCAGCUGUUCAAGGGUUACCCUUCCAAUAUUUUUAUCAGUUUUGAUAUCAGCUGUAAUGAUCAUGUCAUUUGUGCUGGUACAGAAAAAGUUGAUGAUGAUGCAUUGUUGGUAUUUUGGGAUGCAAGAAUUAAUUCUCAGGAUUUGUCUACUACUAAAGACCCACUUGGUGCAUAUUCAGAGACACAUAGUGAUGAUAUCACUCAAGUAUGUUUCCAUCCCAGCAAUCCCAACAUGGUAGUCUCAGGUUCAACUGACGGCCUGGUAAAUGUAUUUGAUAUUACUGUUGAUAACGAAGAAGAUGCACUGGUUACAACCUGUAACUCAGUUUCAUCAGUAAGCUAUAUUGGUUGGUCUGGGAAAGAUUAUAAACAGAUUUACUGCAUGACACAUGAUGAAGGAUUUUGUUGGUGGGAUCUUAAUCAUCUGGAUACUGAUGAACCAAUUACAUGUUUGAACAUUCCGGAUGUCAGAGAAGUAAUUAAUGUGAAAGAAGGGAUUUUGGACUAUUUGAUUGGCGGCCUAUAUCAUGAAAAGACGGACAAAUUGUUUGUAGUUGGAGGAACAAACACAGGAAUUAUUCACAUAAUGAGCUGUACUACAUCAGGAUUGGUCCAUGUGACCAGCCUUCAGGGAGGGCAUGCUGCUACAGUCCGUUCUUUCUGUUGGAAUAUGCAGGAUGAUUCUUUGCUAACUGGAGGAGAAGAUGCACAGUUGUUACUUUGGAAACCUGGAGCAGUAGAGAAGACACUUACAAAGAAAGACAGCAUGAAAAUAGCAUCCUCUGUGUACCAGCGAGUUCGAGUUCAUAGUAAUGAUUCUUACAAGAGAAGGAAAAAGCAGUGAUGUUACAUUGGGAGUUUACUUGACGGGUUUUAUAGUUGCAAAUAAUUAUUUCUAUGUACUACCUGUUGUAGACGUGUUUAAAACUCAUAUGUAAAUAAAAGCAAGCCAGUUAGCAAACAGUCCUGAAAAAA